CCAAGCAAGCUGUCACAGAUUGAUGAUUGGUGCUGGGAAGUGAAAGACUGCCAUAUUUCACAUUCAGGAUCCAAGUGAAAUGGAUGUCAGUUCAAAAACCGUGGUUGUUACUGGAUUUGGGCCCUUUAGACAGCAUCUUGUUAACUCUAGCUGGGAAGCAGUGAAGGAGCUGUCCAAACUUGGCCUUGGCAGUGAGGUAAACCUACACAUCGCGGAACUACCAGUGGCUUACCAAAAAGCAAAAGAGCUUGUCUGUGAAAUAUGGGCAACACUUCAGCCCCAUCUUGUGAUUCAUGUUGGCCUGGAUUCUGCUUCCAAAGCCAUCAUCAUUCUGGAGCAGUGUGGAAAGAACAGAGGCUACAAAGAAAGAGAUCUCUGUGGGUUUCUCCCGGAAGAUGGCUGUUGUGUCCUAGAAGGCCCAGAAAGAAUUGAGUCUACAAUCAACAUAAAGGGAGUCUGGAAAAAACUUCUGGUAGAAGGGAUCGAUAUCGUUUUCUCCAGAGAUGCAGGAAGGUAUAUCUGUGAUUUUACAUAUUACACGUCACUUUACUAUGGUAAUGGAAGAGCUGCAUUUAUCCAUGUGCCUCCACUAUCCAAGUGGGUAACAGCAGAAUUUCUUGGAAGAAAGCUGCAGACCAUUAUCUUAGAAAUGUUGAAGCAAGGCAAGCAGUAAAACAGACUUGAUGACACUAAAGCUAAAACUCACUGGAAACCCAGAGCCUCGUGUGUGUACUUGGAACUCCUGCUUGUAUGAACGUCUGCCUUCAGUGGAGUAAAUAGUUCUGGUCACACAAAGAGAUGGAAGAGGAAAAUUCCUUUUUGGAACAACAGUCUGCCUGCCUACAACUGAGCCUUGCACAGAUGGAAGAAGCCAAUGUUUCAAAAAAUCCCUUACCUAUAUAUUAAAGGCUGCAAACAUUUUGAGUAGGUUAGAAAACUAUGGAAAUAAUUUACUAGGCUUUUAAAAUAUUCCUAUGUGUGUAACUCUAAUUUUGGUAAAGAAUUUUUUUUCACGAUUCAUUCACAUCCCUUUGUCGAGGAGAACAAUCCAAAGUGAACAAGAAAAAUCCUUGGAAAAGUUAAAGAACAUAUACAAUAAAAUCCUAGGCAGUUAUUUCAGUCUAAACCCAAUGGGAACUC